CAAUUCUAGCCUGAGAGCUAGAUGCUCACUUCUGGGCGUCAUGAGUAUUCAUGCCCACAGGACGUUAGAUGUGACACCCUCUUGACCUCCUCUAGAUAUGGACGCAUCCUCUCAUAGUCAGACCACGAUGACAGACUUCAAGGACCAACUAAGACCAUGAGUGGUGUUGAGUCCAGAGGGAGGGCCUCCUGUGUCCACAGAAGGGGCUAGGAGACCAUGGGGACUGUCGCUAGCGAUGGACUGGCAGACCCUGGAUCUCACACCUCUUGGGGUUUCUGUGGGAGGCCUGAGGUCUGCGGUCUUCCCUACAGGAGGAAAUGAAUCAAAGAGACCUGUUGAUGGGGUGCCGGUCCCGCCAUGGGAAGCAGAGGAGAGGCUGGGCUGAGUCUGCCACUGACGGACCCAUCGCUUCCACAGUUCCCUCUCCCUCUCCCUGCCCUCUGCACAUGCACCUCUCCCAACCACCACCACUGGGGCCCAGAACAGUAGGUGGUGAGCAGCCUGGUCACAAAUCUGCCUCAAACCUCAGUCCUGAUGCUCGAGUGUGGAGGAUGGGGUAGGCUGUGUCCAGGCCCUUUGGGAAAAGAGUGUCAGAUGGAAGGCCAGACUCACACAGCCUCUCUGUUAGAUUGGCUGAUGACCAGGCCUUCCAGUGCAAGGACAGCCACCCAGGGAUUGGAGUGCCUGGUCCAUCCUCUGGGGCUCAGGCACAGAGAAGGUGCUGUGGGAACACAGUGUGGAACAGCAGGCCAGGCCUGUGACUCUCUUCACACAUGGCUCUCCCCAGUGCUCUCUCUCCUACCUGGGGCCCCUGGCAUCAGGAGAACUCCCAGGAUAUGUGGCACAUGCUGCACCACUCCGGGAUCAAGCUGACGUUGGCGUAUGUACAGGACCUCUUGCCUGGCUCAGUCCUGAAGCACCAGGCCACCCCUUUUCUCAUCCAGGUGGAUCUUUUCCAGGCCACUGAGUUGGAGACAGAGGCUUCUGCCAGCGGCAGAGGCAGAAAAGGGGCCACCUCUGGAGCUGGACGUAAGUCCAGUUCUAUUUCUGCCAUCACUCCUAGCGCUGGAGCCAUCAGCUGCUCCAGACCUGGAGCGAGUGCCAUCAGCAGCCCCAGCCCAAGUGGCAGGUCCUGAACUGGACUCAACGGGACCUAGGGGUAUGCUGGGAUUUCCACCUCAGACUCCAGUAACAGAAGCAGAAUCAGCUCCAGUUCCAGAGGCUUCCCACCCCUGGCGAGUGACCAGGAAGGAGCAGCCCGAUGGGAAGCCUAGCCUCAUGGCCUUCUCCCCGAGGGAGGUGGCGGAACAGCUGACGGUCAUUGACGCGGCAUUGUUCAAGAACGUCGUGCCCUCUGAGUAUCUGAGCUCCACCUGGGGCAAAAGAACCCAGCCUGGACAUGAGAACGUGGCACCCACCGUCCGGGCCACAGUGGUGCAGUUCAACAGAGUAGCAAAUUGUGUCAUGACGUCCUGCCUUGGGGACCCAAACAUGACGGCCCAGGGCAGGGCCAAGGUCCUGGAGCGGUGGAUCGAGGUGGCCAGGGAGUGCCAAGCCUUGAGGAACUUUUCCUCCUUGUACGCCAUCGUCUCGGCUCUGCAGAGCAUGCCCAUAUACAGACUGAACAAGACCUGGGGGAAAGUGUCCAGGAAGAGCUGCCGAAAAUUUAAAAAGCUCUGUGAUGAGGACAACUCCCUGAGCUGGGAGCUGCUCAUCAAGUCUUCCCUGGAUGAACAGGAAGAUGGGAAGCAGCCGUCCAAGUUUGCCACCCUGCUGAGGACCCUGCAGAGAGGCCAGAAGAGGCAGCAGCAGAAGGGCAUCGUCCCCUUCCUGGGCAGCAUGCUAACUGACCUGAUCAUGCUGGACACUGCCAUGGAGGAUUACGGAAAUGGCAAUGAGAUCAACCACGAGAAAAAGAAAAAGGAGCACAAAGUGAUGAUGGAGAUCGUGCAGCUCCAGGAGGCUGCAGAGAAUUACAACCUAGAGCCCCAGGAGCGAUUCAGGGCCUGGUUCUGGGACAUGGAGCAGCUCAGUGUGGAAGAGAGCUUCAGCCUGUCCUGCCAGCUGGAGCCCCGAUCCUAGUUGGCCAGCAAAUCUCUCCAGGCCCAGAGAGCACGGCCAUCAUGAAGCUGAGGAGGGAGUGAGUGUCCCAUGGCCGUAUGACCUCUUCCUUGGCAGCGGGGACCCAGCUGCGGCACUCGGGGUGCACGGGCCCCACCGCCUGCCACCCCUUCCCCGAGGCCAAUUUCCAUCUCUGUAGGGGUGAGAAUCACUGCUUGUAAAUAGUUCAUGCCAGAUUUGCACACUGUUGUAUUAAAGUCCUGUUUCUCUUA